UUUGAUGUUACUGCUAAAAUAAUCUCCAGCUAGACAGAGUUUUACAUGGACUCAAAGAGAGAAACAGCUACCGAACAACUGCUUCUACGACAGAAACCGACACCGCAGACAGUCAGUGAGCCAGUGAGCUGCACUCAGCAGAGCGGACAGUUCGGCCAUGAGCAGCGUGUUCUCCUGACGGCCUCCACUCCAUCCAGAGAGCAGCUGCAGCACAGAUCUGACUGAUCUGUCCAUCCAGAGAGGAGGAGGAGGAGGAGGAAGAGGAAGCACUGCAGCAGACAUGCCGGGCCUGCUCCACAUCACCCUGACUGCUCUCCUGGCCAGCUGCGAUGCCUUCAGAUUGGCUCCGUCCCAGCAGGUCAUACCCCUCAGUCCUUCGGUGGCUCGUCUGUUCCAGGAUGAAGGCCCAGCCCAGCCACACUUCAUCAAGGAAUUAGUUAGAACCAAACGCCACUCGGUCCACGAGUUAGUGCGAGCCCAGCCUCAUUUGGUUCACGACAUGGGCUGGCCAGAGAUACAUGAGACAUCCCGUUCCCAGGCCAAGAUGGAAUCUGCUAACUCCUCUCAGCUGAACGCACCGUCGCCUGCCGGCCAGGAAGUAGCCUGGACCCGCCCUGCUGUGGAUGAAAACCUUGAUGUGGAGGACGAGAUGGAGCGUAUGGUUCAUCUGGCGGUUCCUCAGGAGGCAGACAGCUACAGGGGACGCUCAGACACCACCGACCCAGAGAGGGAGCUCCUCGGCGGGCCAGGAGCUGGCGAUGCCUCCCUGGAAGCCUCGGGCUUCUAUGGAACGGACAUGGAGGACAGAGACAGAGGAGAGGACGGAGGAGAGGACAGAGAGAGGAGAGGGGGAGAGGACGGAUGGGAGAGAGACACAGGGGAGGACAGAGAGAGGAGAGGAGGAGAGGAAGAAGAGAUGAGAGGAGGAGAGGACAGAGAGAGGAGAGGAGAAGAGGAAGAAGAAGAGAGGGGAGGAGGAACAGACGAUGUCCAUAUGUUGGAUGCCAACCACACAACUCCAGAUUUGGAUGCUCUGAUUGGCUACAGUCCGUCGUUCCACCCCUCCAUCUCCACCCAGCCCUCCAUCUCUCCCUCAGCUCAGGUGCAGGAUUCUGGGCUACAGGAGCAUCGUGCAUCCCCUGUCCUGGAGGCGGGUCCUCUAGAGAGAGAUCUGUGGGAGGCAGAGGGAGAGGAAGAUGGUCAUUCCAGUGGUUAUGGAGUCCUUCACUCCUCCAUCACUACAACUACAUCUACAUCUACAUCUACUGCUGCUGGUGGAGGAGGAAGAGGAGGAGACGCUGCAGGGACCGCCACCCCUGAGACCGACACAGGGACAGACUUUGGGCUGCUGGGAAGUUACACCAAAGAUGAGACAGAGGAUGAAGAGACAGAGAGGGAGGAGGAGGAAGAGGAGGAAGAAACCGGUCUGGCACACAAAGGCGCGUUUACCCAGAAUCCCACAGUAGCAGAGGUUGGCGUGGCUCCCAGCAGAGAGCCCCUCCAGCCCAGCGUGGAGGAAGAGGAGCAGCUGGAAGAGGAAGAAUUCAAAGGAGUUCGACUGCCAGACAGAAGUGAGGAGGAGGAGGAGGAGAGAUGGAGAAAGAUGGAGGAGGAAGAGGAGGGAACAAGAAUUAGACACAUCGUCCCGCUCACCACAGAUCCCUCCCCCACCAUCGGCUUCACCGACCAGCUGGAGAAGACCACGCCCCUGCAGACCCCGAGGUCAGAGGUCAGAGGAGGUGGAGUCACAGAGGUCCGUGGUUUUGAUGAGCUGGACGAGGCCCGGCAGGUGAUGUGUGUCGACUGGAAAGAGCUGGCUGAACGUGGAUACGUCGUCCUCAACAUGACGGUGAACGUCAACUGUGCGGAGUUUCGUGUGGACCAGGGCGUACGGUUGUUGAAGGUCAUGGAGCGCGAGUUUGCUCGGAGAGUUAACAGCCCCGAGGGAACAUGGGUACUCUACCUCAGCAAGCCGACACACCAGCAACACCAGCUGCUGGUGAACGUGGCGACUGAGCACGGAGUGUUAGCCACCAGGCAGGUACUUGUCAUACUGGAUGUGAUCAGGAAAAGUUUGAUUGAGUUGGGCGUCCAGAACUACAGUGCGGCCAGCAGCUGCCCGUCUCGUCCCAGUCAAACCCGCAGCGACUACGGGAAGCUGUUUGUGGUUCUGGUGAUCAUCGGCUCCGUCUGCAUGGUCAUCAUCACAUCUGGAUUCAUUUACAUCUGCUGGCAGAGACGACUGCCUGCAACCAAGACCACGUUCCGCGCUGAGGAACUUCACUUUGUGGAGAACGGUUGCCACGACAACCCCACGCUGGACGUGACCAAUGACAACCAGCCUGAGAUGCGGGAGAAGAAGUCGAGUACCAACGGGCUGGCGGGGGGAGGAGACGGAGGCGGGGAGGAGAGCAGUCGCUGGAAGGUGUUUGUCAAUCAAGCAGCGACUGAGGAGGAAGAAGAGGAGCAGGACACACAUCUCUGAUGGACGAAGAGGAAGAGGAGAUGGGUGAUUACGGUCUUUGAUAGACAGAUGAUCAGUGGAGCCGAGAGGGAAGAAGAAGAAGAAGAGAGACAGAGGAGGAAGAAUACAAGAUGGUGGAGAGAACAAAGAGAGAGAACAGUAAAAGUAGUUGAUGGGAGUUAAAGGUGUAAAGCCUGAGUGACAGGAGUGAUGAGUGACAGGUGUGUUGAGUGACAUGUGUGAUGAGUGACAGGUGUGAUGAGUGACAGGUGUGUUGAGUGACAUGUGUGAUGAGUGACAGGUGUGUUGAGUGACAGGUGUGAUGAGUGACAGGUGUGUUGUCGGGUCAGGUUGAUGCUGGGAGGAGGUGAGCAGGAGGAGUCGCUGACAUCAGCGUCUAUACGCUUCGCAUUUGAAUUCAUUGAAAGACGAUAAACUCUCCGAUCUCGUAACGACGUCCACCUUCUGAAACAAAGCAUCUCCUUGUUUUUAAUGUUCCAUGACGUCACCAUGUGUUUAGUGUGACUUAUGUUUUUAGCUUUCUGCACCACAAAAUACAACAUGAAACUAGUGACAACACCAUAACAUGAAGCACCUUUUUCCCACCGUUAACGUUUGAAUGUAAAGGAGCUUUUUGUCAUAUUAAUUCAGAUUCUUUGACAAAACGGCUCCACCAGCAGCAGGAAACUAAAAUAACAAACAUUUACCAGUGUCAGUACCUGAUCCGCGCCUACCCAGUAUACCUUGUGGGAAGUCCCACCCCUAUUCUGCCUCUGAUUGGCUACUGGCUUCUAAAGCUAAACGCUAACGAUAGGUAACCUAGCUGUGAUGCUAACCGGAGCUUCGGAGCUUCAGAGCUGCCGUGGCCGAGGAGACUCAACCACGGCAGCUGUGAAGGCAGGCUACCUGGUCCGAACACCACGAUGGUGUUUCAGCAUUUAAUUCACUUCUGAGAAUUUUUUCAGAGCGGGUUAUUUCAGCGUGACUGACAAUCUUCACAGGCGCGAGCUAGCUUUUCAUCUCAACGAAAAAGUCAAUCAGUUUUCGCAAAACUGACAAUAUUGAAAAUCCACAUAGUUGAUUUUUAAAAAAUUCUCAGAAGUGAAGUUAAUGAUGAAACAACAUAGCGGUGUUCGGAAUGGCUAACCUCAGCCACGGCAGCUAUGAAGCUCCGGUUAGCAUCAUAGCUAGGCUACCUACGGUUAGCAUUUAGCUUUAGAAGCCAGUAGCCAAUCAGAGGCAGAGUAGGGGUACUGGGUAGGAGCGCCCGCACAUGUGCAGACCGGAUCGGGCAGCUGGGACGGAUCCCAGGCUGACAGUAGGUGGAAUACCCAAGAAGACGUUGUUUACUUUGACAAACAGGGUUACUAAGUACAAAAAUAUUGUACCAAAGUACAACUUUGUGGUACUUUAGUUUUUGUGCUACUUUAUAUUGAAUACUCAACUACAUUUAUCUGAAAGCUAUAGUUACUGUACAAAUUAAUAUUUUACAUACAAAACAUUUGAUGACCGUACAAAUUAAUAAGGCAUUAAUAUACUGUAGAUGAAACAACAGUAUAUAAAGUAUUUAAAAUGACCUGUUUUGUCACCUUCUACAGUACAACGGUUAAAUGCUAUUUAAUGCAUCGUUAAUAAUAAUGCAAUAAUAUAAUACAUAAGAAUGUCUAACACUUUAACCGGGCAGUUUUCUGCAUUACUUUACAUUUUUUCUAUCGAUACUCCUGCACAUUUACUUAAGUAAUAUUUUGAAUGUAAGGUUUUACUUGUGAUGGAGUAUUUUUAUUUUUACUUAAGUAAAAGAUGUGAAUACUUCUUCUGUUUCUACCACUGUUGAUUACACAGCAAGAAAUAAUUCAUGAAGUCUAAUGAAGAAUAUGCUGGAAGGUGUCACGGUUUCAGAGCCGUUCGUCGGUUUCAAAGCUCUUCGUCGGUUUCAGAGCCGUUCACCGGUUUCAGAGCUCUUCGUCGGUUUCAGAGCCGUUCACCGGUUUCAGAGCUCUUCGUCGGUUUCAGAGCCGUUCAUCAUUUCAGAGCCGUUCAUCGGUUUCAGAGCCGUUCAUCAUUUCAGAGCCGUUCAUCGGUUUCAGAGCCGUUCAUCGUUUCAGAGCCGUUCAUCGGUUUCAGAGCCGUUCAUCGUUUCAGAGCCGUUCAUCGGUUUCAGAGCCGUUCGUCGGUUUCAAAGCUCUUCGUCGGUUUCAGAGCUGUUCACCGGUUUCAGAGCUCUUCGUCGGUUUCAGAGCCGUUCAUCAUUUCAGAGCCGUUCAUCGGUUUCAGAGCCGUUCAUCAUUUCAGAGCCGUUCAUCGGUUUCAGAGCCGUUCAUCGUUUCAGAGCCGUUCAUCGGUUUCAGAGCCGUUCAUUGUUUCAGAGCCGUUCAUCGGUUUCAGAGCUCUUCGUCGGUUUCAGAGCCGUUCAUCAUUCCAGAGCCGUUCAUUGUUUCAGAGCUCUUCGUCGGUUUCAGAGCCAUUCAUCAUUUCAGAGCCAUUCGUCGGUUUUAGAGCAGUUCAUCGGUUUCAGAGCCGUUCAUCAUUUUCAGAGCUCUUCGUCAGUUUCAGAGCCGUUUGUCAGUUUCAGAGCCGUUCGUCAGUUUCAGAGCUCUUCGUCGGUUUCAGAGCCGUUCAUCAUUUCAGAGCCGUUCGUCGGUUUCAGAGCCGUUCGUCGGUUUCAGAGCUCUUCGUCGGUUUCAGAGCCGUUCAUCAUUUUCAGAUCUCUUCGUCGGUUUCAGAGCCGUUCAUCAUUUCAGAGCUGUUCGUCGGUUUCAGAGCUCUUCGUCGGUUUCAGAGCCGUUCAUCAUUUUCAGAGCUCUUCGUCGGUUUCAGAGCCGUUCAUCAUUUCAGAGCCAUUCGUUGGUUUUAGAGCCGUUCAUCGGUUUCAGAGCCGUUCAUCAUUUUCAGAGCUCUUCAUCGGUUUCAGAGCCAUAAAUCAUUUCAGAGCCGUUCAUCGGUUUCAGAGCCAUUCAGCGGUUUCAAAGACAACAGCGACUCCUCUUAGCUUCUCCUCCACAUCAGCCUGUAGCUACUUUAAAAUGGAGGUUUUGGCACUUUAUUGAUUCCUCUUGGAAACCGUGACGAUCACCAUUGAGCUGCUGCGUCAUGUUAAAUGUAUAAACAGUUAUUCCAUUGAAUGGUUGUAGCUGCUGACGAUCAGUCAUGUGAUUCUAUACGUUCGUCCUGUUAGCCUAAUAUGCUUUUUAUACUAGUGCUGGAAUGGCUGCUGUACGCUGCGGGCUAACUCUUGACGCCAUGACACAUGGGCAACAUUUAGAGGCCAAAAGCAUGACAAUGUAACUAGUUACAGUGUUGGAGUCGAGUCACCAAACUCCAAGUCCAAGACGAGCCCCAAGUCUUCGAUGUUUCAAUGUUAAAUGUUUAAGUCCGAGUCACUAUGGUCACAUUGGAUUCGCUUUGAUCAUGAGCAAGUCACAACGGUCAUGUCCGAGUCACUUCAGUCAUGUUUGAGUCACAUUUGAGUCAUUACGGACAUGUUUGAGUCAUGUUCGAGUCACUAUGGUCAUGUUUGAGUCACAUUUGAAUCACUACGGUCAUGUCCGAGUCCCUACAGUCACGUUUGAGUCACAUUCGAGUCAUUACGGUCAUGACUUGAUCACUACGGUCAUGUCCGAGUCACUACUGUCAUGUCCGAGUCACAACGGUCAUGUCUGAAUCACGUUCGAGUCACUACGGACAUGUACGAGUCACAACAGUAAUUUUUGAGUCACGUUUGAAUCACUACGGACAUGUCCGAGUCACUACAGUCAUGUUUGAGUCACUACGAUCAUGUCCAAGUCACAACGGUCGUGUCUGAAUCACUACGAUCAUGUCCGAGUCACUACGGUCAUGUCUGAAUCACUACGAUCAUGUCCGAGUCACUACGGUCAUGUCUGAGUCACUGCGGUCAUGUCCGAGUCACUAUGGUCAUGUCCAAGUCACUACGGUCAUGUCUGAAUCACUACGGUCAUGUCUGAAUCACUACGGUCAUGUCUGAAUCACUACGGUCAUGUCCGAGUCACUUGCAAAGAACAUGUCCGAGUCACUAUGAUCAUGCCUGUGUCAUGCUCGAGUCAUUGCGAUCAUGUCCAAGUCACCAUGGUCAUACCUUGUACUGGACUUGAAAAGGUCAGGGUACCAUUAAUAAAAUAGCGGCUAGUUACCAAACAGAACAUCCAUUAAUGUCCCACAUCAGACGGACAGAAAUCAUUUGAGAUAUUUCUGUCAGUAAGACGACUCGGUUAACUGGAAUGGAGACAGACAGUUGAUAUCAGCUCUGUUCAACGUUGUGUUUGUUCACUUUUAUUCACAUUGAUUUGUCUUAACGAUGAUUCGGUUCAUCUCUCCGUUCCUGUUACAGGUAGUACUGCCCAUCUGCAUUUCAUCAAGAUGUUGCCUCCUGUAUGUUUCAGCUCGUUUACUCUGACUUCUCUCAAUGUAACAACACUGUAUGGCUUCACUAUAAACUACGCUCAUUUAUAUGCACUUUGUCAGCUAAACAGGAUUUAUGGAGCGUUCAGGACAUGCAGGAACUCACAGCCUCUGUCCUGAAUGACUCCCUGCGAUGUAGAUUAUCUGUUUCUGAGAGCACAAGACAGCAGUCCUCUUGUCCUCCACUGGAAGACAGAAUAGAUCAGCAUGUAGCUUUCAGCACACCAAUAUAACAAUAUAAGAUUCUGAUCAUUUAAAUUUGUUUUCUCAGAUGUUUUUUUCCUUUUCAGAAUCUGAUAGCAGCCUCACGUGUGGGCAGAAAACAAGUGAGCCUUUGUUUGUAAAGAGACGUUAGUUUCCUGGUUUCCAGGUUUUUGUCAAACAUUUUGUUGAGUUUUUAUUCAUCAAUCCCUUUCGUUUAUAUUUAUUUAUGUUCAUUUAUUUUACAGAUGUAUAUUUAUAUGCAUUUUGAUCACAUCCUGUCUGACUCUUUUGGUUGUCUGUGUAAUAAGUUAAAUGUGAGAAAUAAAGUUUGGAGAAAAUGUGA